UCGACAUGUCCAAGCUUUACAUCGAUACCGAUGCUGGAUCUGAUCAGCAUCCCGGAACAGAAGCUCAGCCAUUGGCUACUUUGGUUCAGGCUAUGCUUAUUUCGAAAAACUCGGGCGAGUUCUUGAUGAAGAAAAAGUCAGAGGAAGGGGAAUCGUGGGAACCAGCAGCGAAAGCUGCUAUCAAAAAGGCAGUGAAAAAAUACGAAGCUGAAGUGAAAAAGCUGGAGAAAGCUGGUUGUAGGGAGAAAGAAGCCGAAGAGGCUCAACAUGCUGCUCUCGAAGAAGCCAAGAAGAUUACAUUUUCUCUUGACAAGUCUCUUCCAGAAGCUAAGGUUAUCAAGAUUGGAGAAUCUGUGCAGCAUCGCGAUCAACGAGUCUCAAUCAAAGCCUGGGUACAUCGUCUUCGUCGUCAAGGAAAGUCACUCAUGUUCCUUGUUCUUAGAGACGGUUAUGGAUUCCUUCAAUGUGUUUUGAACGAUAAGUUGUGUCAAAGUUAUGAUGCUGUUACUCUCUCAACAGAGACUUCUGUUCAAGUUUAUGGAAUUAUCAAGGCACUUCCCGAUGGAAAAUCCGCUCCUGAUGGUCACGAGCUUACCGUUGACUAUUGGGAGGUUAUUGGCAAAGCACCAGCUGGAGGAAUUGACAACGUUCUCAACGAAAGCGCUGGAGUCGAUGUGAUGCUUGAUAACCGCCACCUUGUCAUCCGUGGAGAGAAUGCAUCAAGAAUUCUUCGUAUUCGCGCUGCAGCUACUCGUGCAAUGAGAGAUCAUUUCUUUGCUGCUGGAUAUACUGAAGUUGCUCCUCCAACUUUGGUGCAAACACAAGUUGAGGGUGGUUCCACUCUCUUUGGGCUUGAUUAUUAUGGAGAGCCUGCAUACUUGACACAAUCUUCUCAACUUUAUUUGGAGACUUGCAAUGCUGCUCUUGGUGAUGUUUAUUGUAUUUCACAGUCGUACAGAGCCGAAAAAUCGAGAACUCGUCGCCAUCUGUCAGAGUAUCAACACGUUGAGGCUGAAUGCGCUUUUAUCACUUUCGAUCAACUUAUGGAUCGCAUUGAGGCUCUUGUUUGUGAUACUGUUGAUCGGCUUCUUGCAGAUCCAGUCACCAAAUCGUUGAUCGAGUUCGUGAACCCGGGAUAUAAGGCACCAGCCCGACCAUUCAAGAGAAUGCCAUACAAGGAAGCAAUCGAAUGGCUUCAGAAGAAUGAUGUUCGCAACGAGAUGGGAGAAAAGUUUGUGUACGGUGAAGAUAUUGCUGAAGCUGCUGAGAGAAGAAUGACUGAUACCAUUGGAGUGCCAAUUCUUCUCAACCGUUUCCCACAUGGAAUCAAAGCCUUCUACAUGCCACGCUGUGCAGACGAUAACGAGUUGACCGAGUCCGUAGAUCUUUUGAUGCCAGGAGUUGGAGAAAUCGUUGGAGGAUCAAUGCGUAUCUGGAAGGAAGAUCAGUUGUUGGCUGCAUUUGAGAAAGGAGGACUUGACUCUAAAAACUAUUACUGGUACAUGGAUCAACGGAAAUACGGAAGUGUACCACAUGGUGGAUAUGGAUUGGGACUGGAGCGUUUCAUCUGCUGGUUGACCGACACCAACCACAUCCGCGACGUCUGUUUGUACCCGAGAUUUGUCGGCAGAUGUGCUCCGUAAACUGAUCUAUUUUCCCCAUAUUCUAUUGCCUAUUGGUUUUUUUGUUCCCCGUUUCAGCCAAGCUUACACCGAUUGGCCUUAUCUGUCUUGUUUUAUAUCGUUCUUUUCCGUUGAUAAUAUUAUUGUUUAAUCUAAGCAUGAGCAUAAAUAUGUGUUGGUG